AAUUAAUACUACUAUAAUAACUAACAAGUGAAAAGCAGUCAAAACAAAGAGUAAGCAGUCACCAAUAAAAAAGACCCAAGAAUGAACGCCAACUGUACAAUGAAUGGCGGGCGGAGAAUCAACGCUAUUCCUUUAAUUUCCACCAAAAAGCGCGUCUUCCUUAACCCAUCCCGCCCAUUAUCUUUCUCCUUUCCUCGCACCCGCGUUUCAUUCUAGACUUGAUCUUCUUCAACCCUAUAAAUUACUCUUCUUCCUCCACUUUCUCAUCCUCAAACUGUCAAAUUUUCAAAGAUUUUAUUACAAGUUUGACUGAUUAUUGAUCAUUCAUUAGCAAUGGUGGACGCUGCUCAAAAUUCGACGGGAAGUAGUCAAUUUCCUGAGUUUCCGGCAGCUUUAACUCAUGGAGGCCAGUUUAUACAGUAUAAUAUUUUUGGUAAUUUGUUUGAGGUUACUACUAAGUAUCGUCCUCCGAUUAUGCCAAUCGGUCGUGGUGCUUAUGGCAUCGUCUGUUCUGUGUUGAAUUCGGAGACUAAGGAGAUGGUUGCUAUGAAGAAGAUUGCUAAUGCAUUUGAUAAUUAUAUGGAUGCUAAGCGUACCCUUCGUGAGAUCAAAAUUCUCCGCCAUUUUGAUCAUGAAAAUAUAAUAGGAUUAAGAGAUGUAGUUCCUCCCCCACUAAGAAGAGAAUUUAAUGAUGUGUAUGUUGCAACUGAGCUUAUGGACACUGAUCUUCAUCAGAUAAUCAGAUCCAAUCAGAGUUUAUCAGAAGAACAUUGUCAGUACUUCUUGUACCAGAUACUUCGUGGGCUUAAGUACAUCCAUUCAGCAAAUGUCAUCCAUAGAGAUCUGAAACCAAGCAAUCUAUUGAUUAAUGCAAAUUGUGAUCUUAAGAUUUGUGAUUUUGGCCUUGCAAGGCCGACUUCAGAAAACGAACACAUGACUGAAUAUGUUGUCACUAGAUGGUAUAGAGCACCUGAGCUGUUGCUUAAUUCUUCUGAUUACACUGCUGUAAUUGAUUUGUGGUCUGUGGGCUGUAUAUUCAUGGAGCUCAUGAACAGAAGGCCUUUGUUUCCUGGCAAGGACCAUGUUCAUCAAAUGCGCCUGUUGACGGAGCUGCUUGGGACACCCACUGAAGCUGAUCUAGGAUUUCUUCAAAAUGAAGAUGCAAGAAGAUACAUCCGGCAACUUCCGCCACAACCUUGUCAGCCAUUAAGACAAAGUUUUCCCCAUGUUAAUCCCUUAGCAAUUGAUCUUAUUGAGAGGAUGCUGAUAUUUGAUCCCACUCGGAGAAUUACUGUGGAAGAAGCACUAUCACAUCCUUAUCUUGCUAGAUUACAUGAUAUAGCUGAUGAACCUGUAUGCCAAGAGGCUUUUUCAUUUGAAUUCGAGCAACAAGUCUUGGGUGAAGAAGAGAUGAAAGAAAUGAUAUAUCAAGAAGCUUUGGCACUGAACCCAUGUUAUGCUUGAUUAGGAGCUUUAGCUUUGGAUUGAUUCGUUAUGGACUAUGUAGCUGGCCUCAUAUUGUUGUAGCCUUGGGGGACAACGAGAUGUUGAUUCUUUCAUUUUUAUUUUUUGGGGUACUUGUGUAAUAUAUCUUCAUCUGCAUAUAUUUUGAGAGUUUUUUUGAACUCUCUGGCUUUUGUGAAACGCGAUUGUAAGUUGCCAAAAAAGGAAUAAGAAAGAAAAAGCGUUGUAUUCAAGUAA